CUGUGACUGCGUCACUCUGUCUAGAAGGAGCGGCGUAAGAUUUCACUUCCUGAAAUUUAUAGGUAAAGAGGCAACCCAGCGAAACAAAAGCUAGGUAAAUGGUUCAACUCUCAGAACUAAAAAAUAUCCGAAAGUAAACUGGAUUAUUUUGUACUUUAAUUCAUGGUUUUUAAUUCACGAGGAACCCAACGCACGGAAAACAAGGGUCGCGUUUAAUUUGUCAAGGUUACCCGUCGGAUCAAAGAAAGCGACGGUUUUAUUUAUUGCCUUAGGAUGCCUCCGUUGUUAAUCGGACUGUUCCUGGGUGCCUCACUACUGCUCCAAAUUUACUGCCCGGUGCGCGCUCAAGAAGACACUCCCGAGGUCCCGUGCUCGGAGAAAUUCAGGAAGGGAACAGAAGACUUUGUAGUGGACACACGCGAUUCGGUGAAAGAUGGGGCCCGUUUUCUCAGGUCUCCUGAGGUCCACAGCACAGCCGACUGCAUAAACGCUUGUUGCAAAGACCCAAAUUGCGAUCUAGCUUUGAUUGAGAACGGGCCAGAGGCCGAUACAAUCAAUAACUGCUUCCUGUUCAGCUGUCUCUACAUGGAAGAGUAUGUUUGCAGGUUUGUCAAGACAAUGGGCUAUAACAUCUAUAUCUUGGACUCCGUGUUCGCAGAGCACCUUGAAAAAUUUCCUGGUGACGAGGAUAAGCACCCAGUUGCCAACGGGGGACCGGACCUGGUGGCACAACCAGAUCAUACUGUGACACUGAACGGGAUUGAGAGUUACGAUGACCAUGGAAUCACCAGCUACCAGUGGAGCCUGUUGAAGGGAGACCCAUCGGUCGACAUUCAGAAAACCGAUCUGGAGGACCAAGUGAAGGUGUCCAAUCUCCUGCCUGGGCUAUACGUGUUCCAGCUGAUCGUAUCCGACAAGGCUGGCCAGACAAGCACGGCGCAGGUCAAAGUGCGCGUCCUCACCCCAGAGGAGUCCGACGGUUACUGUCAGGUCCCUCGGAAGGUUGGGCCCUGUCGAGGGGCCUUUCCCCGCUGGUACUAUGACAGCGUGACCCAGGAAUGCAAGAAUUUCACGUUUGGUGGCUGCAAGAGUAAUCUGAACAACUACCUGUCUGAAGAGGAGUGUAAUAGCGCCUGUGAAGGAAUUAAAGCUCCAGCAAGCAGAAGUGCUCCUCUUAAAGGGGAGGUGUGUGGCGCCCCCUGUGGGGAAGGUCAGUUUGACUGCGGGAACGAGUGCUGCGUCAAUGGAGAACCGGAGUGUGACCAAGUGCACCAGUGCAGCAACGGCUACGAUGAGCAUGCCUGCAAAAACUUGAAUAUAACCUUUGGCCGUCUGCUGGACAUACCUGUGGACGAAGUGAUGGCUCACUGCACGGAGCCUCCGGAGACGGGCCCCUGCCGGGCCAGCAUGCCCCGCUGGUACUAUGACCCCCUCCAGGGCAAGUGCAUACAUUUCACCUACGGCGGUUGCCGGGGCAACGAUAACAACUUCCAUGAGGAGGCGACCUGCAUGGAGACCUGCGAAUCCGUAACAGAAAAAGACGUCUUCUCGCGAUCCUUCUUUGAACGGUCGACCGAAGACAGCCAUAAAGGCAAAGCUGCCGUCGCUGCGGUGUUGGCCGUCGCCUUCCUGAUCGCGUUGGCCGUCUUGGGGUACUGCUUCGUCAAGCGCAAGAAGGAGUCGCCACUCCCGCCCGCCCCCGCACCCGCCCAGGUCUCCGCCAUCGAGGAGACCGAGCACCUGGUCUACAACAGCACCACCAAACCCAUCUGAGUCUCUGUCCGCGUGCCCUGUUCCCGCUGCUCCCUCCCCUUAGCCGCCCUGUCCCCCCCAUUCGAUCCCGCCCCCAAUCCCACCAUGCCCCAUCCCGGCCCAUCGCAUCCUGUCUCGUUCCAUUCUCUGUUCUGUCCCGCCCCCAUCCUGGUCCCAUUUCGUCCCCUCCCCUAACCUGCGGUGGCCCCGUCCCUGUCCCGAUUACCUAAACGCGCGCUGCGCUCAUCCUCGUACCCUCGUACGCAACUCCCGGGAUGGUUCGAGCUCCCCGUCCGGGGGGGGGGGGGGGGGGGUUCAGAGAGACCCCCACUAUUUUUUGGUUUUUAUGGGACUUCUUUUAGAGCUGCCGCUGAGAGGCGUGGCACAGGAAACCGUUAAUACUGUAAAUAUGUGGGACUUAUUUAUUUUUUACAGGUUAAGUUUUCAGGGACUUUUGUGUGAUGUUUUCCUCCAUUUGCAGAAAUCUUGAUGCCCUUCCACCUGGUCUCUGUGUAGCCAGCCUGCAGCUGUUAGGUGAAAGCUUAGUAUACAUGCUUCACGUACCUAGUUAAAUGUUUCAUAUUUACUGAUUUAUGAUGUCAGCAUAAGCCUUCAACUGUAAAAUGUAUUCUACCACUUUUUCACUUGGGUCCUUUUGGUUCUUAAUGGCAUUUUAAAUUAUUGCAAUUGUAGAGGGUUUUUUUAAUGUGAGUUAAAUUGUACAUAAUUUUGUCUGUUGCAGUGAGAAAGGAUGAGAAAGUAAACCGAUAUAAUUUUAAAUGCUUUUUCUUUGCAACACCCAGUGGAAAAAAGAGACUUGAAUGCAGAAAAAAACAAUGCGUUUUAAGAAAAAUUGUGUUUCAGAUUACUAGACCUCAAAGUUGCGGUACCUCUGUAUAUAGUGUUGAGUGGAGGUUAUAAAAUCUAACUAUUAAAAGUGGAUAUCUUAGUGAAUUGCUCAGUGAAACCAAUGUUGAAGCAACUUGUAUUAAAUGUACUGAUUACAUUUGUCCAAGCUUAUGAAUGUUGUAUUUUAAUAACAUUGCUCCAUGAACUGUUUUUAUAUUUUAAACAAUAUAUUGCCACAAAACAUUUAUCAUUCAAAACUUACAAUGGUUUUUAUUUUUAAUAGAAUAAAGAUUUCCCAUUUUGU